GAGCUGGAAUCAGGAGCUGGAACUGAAAGUCAAACCCAGGUACUCCAGCGUGGGAAAUCCGUGUCCUGAUUGGCAUCUGAAGUGCUAGGCCAGCCGCCCACCCUUAAGACACCAUGAGGCGGGUGGUACGACAGAGCAAGUUUCGGCAUGUGUUUGGACAAGCAGUGAAAAAUGACCAGUGCUAUGAUGACAUCCGGGUGUCUCGAGUGACCUGGGAUAGUUCUUUUUGUGCUGUCAAUCCCAGAUUUGUUGCCAUAAUCGUAGAAGCAAGUGGGGGAGGAGCCUUCCUUGUGCUCCCUUUGCACAAGACUGGUCGAAUUGACAAAUCCUACCCUACAGUAUGUGGCCACACAGGACCAGUGCUGGAUAUAGACUGGUGCCCACAUAACGAUCAGGUCAUUGCCAGCGGGUCAGAGGACUGCACGGUUAUGGUGUGGCAGAUCCCUGAGAAUGGACUCACCCUGUCCCUGACCGAACCUGUGGUGGUUUUAGAAGGUCACUCCAAGAGAGUUGGCAUCGUGGCCUGGCAUCCGACGGCCCGCAACGUGCUUCUUAGUGCAGGCUGUGAUAAUGCCAUCAUCAUCUGGAACGUGGGGACGGGGGAAGCCCUCAUAAACCUGGACGAGAUGCACUCGGACAUGAUUUACAACGUGAGCUGGAACAGGAACGGCAGCCUCAUCUGCACAGCCUCCAAAGACAAGAAAGUCAGAGUGAUCGAUCCCAGGAAGCAGGAGAUCGUUGCUGAGAAGGAGAAAGCACACGAAGGUGCAAGGCCCAUGAGGGCCAUCUUCCUGGCCGACGGCAACGUCUUCACCACCGGCUUCAGCCGCAUGAGUGAACGGCAGCUGGCGCUCUGGAAUCCGAAAAAUAUGCAGGAACCAAUCGCUCUUCAUGAAAUGGAUACUAGCAAUGGGGUGUUGCUGCCUUUCUACGAUCCUGACACCAGUAUCAUUUACUUAUGCGGAAAGGGCGACAGCAGUAUUCGCUAUUUUGAGAUCACGGAUGAAUCCCCGUACGUCCACUACCUCAACACAUUCAGCAGCAAGGAGCCUCAGAGAGGCAUGGGGUACAUGCCCAAGAGGGGACUUGACGUUAACAAAUGCGAGAUUGCCAGAUUCUUCAAGCUCCAUGAGAGAAAGUGUGAGCCCAUUAUCAUGACUGUCCCCAGGAAGUCCGACCUUUUCCAGGAUGACCUGUAUCCCGACACGGCAGGACCGGAAGCCGCGCUGGAGGCCGAAGAGUGGUUCGAGGGGAAGGACGCAGACCCCAUCCUCAUCUCCUUGAAGCACGGAUAUAUUCCAGGCAAAAACAGGGACCUCAAGGUGGUCAAGAAGAACAUUCUGGACAGCAAGCCCAGUGCGAACAAGAAGUGCGACCUAAUCAACACCCCCAAGAAGACCACGGACCCUGCCAGUGUGCAAAAUGAAGCCAAGUUGGAUGAGAUUUUAAAAGAGAUCAAAUCUAUAAAAGACACAAUCUGCAAUCAAGAUGAGCGCAUUUCCAAGCUAGAACAGCAGAUGGCAAAGAUCGCCGCCUGAAGGUCCCACCCCCGCCCCUCCAGAAUCGGGAGCAAGAACCUGUGCUUGGGAGCUGGUUGUUGGUGUGGUCCCAGGGAGGGCUGCCCCGGGCUCCGCCGCUGGAGACCUUCCAUCCAGACCUGUCAGCCAGCUUAGGCCGCAUUCCACUCAAUUUGUCUCCCAAAUUUGCAAAAACAAAAGCUGAGCUUUUUAUCAGAAAGCCUUUUUGAUGUUUUAAGUGUUCCGUGACUUGUUGAACUUUUAAAAGACAAAAGUGCUACUUUUAAAAUCCCAGAUAUUCCGAAUUUUACAAAACAAACCAAUUCCGAUUCAAUGUCGUGCCCAAGUACCUUUUUUUUUUUAUUUUUAUGAAUAGGGACCAAUGCCACAUUGCUUUUUAUAUUUCUUUCUUUUUUAAUGUUGCCAAAACCAAAAGUAGCUUUUUCUCCUUUGUAUUUUGCUACUUUGCAGUAUUUGUGUGUGGUUUCCUUUUUCUCCUUCAUUUGAAAGGGACAGCACUGUGUAUGUUUAUAAACUAAAUGAAGAUAUUAUUUUGUAUAAACAUUCAUCUGAGAACAAUCAAGAGUAGUAGCCACUUGGUGCUGGCUCCUUUACAGCACAAACCCGGUCAUCUGAUGACUGUACAAACGGAAGACUUGAAAAACCACGUGGGUUCGUGCACCACCCCUCUCGCUUCACUGAGUCUUCUGAUCAAAAAAGCUCACACCGGAUCUCUUCCUUCCUUUCCUUUCUCUUCUCUAAAAACCGGGUGGUCGUACCGGAUGGAAUUUUGCUUCUUGGUUAUCCUGUGCUUCAGACGAUUAUAAUCUAACCCAAACUA